AUGGGAAGAUGGUGGUUUAAUUCGACGGUGUUUAAGAAGGAGUUACAACGCGGGUAUGGGAUAAAGAAAUUAAUGGACAAUCUUAGUCCUUUUGAAAAUACUAGUGAAAGUGAAGAUCUGCAUCCAAAAGGUAGGGCUAAAAACAUUCAUAGUUGGAGGGGUCGUGGAAAUUCUAGUUACAGUGAUGUUGGUCGUUUAUUUGGUAUCAAAGACAUUCGGAAUUUCAUCUCUGAUGAUACUUUUUUAGUUAGGGAUAGUAAUGGAGAUAGUUAUUCUAUCUAUUUUGAUAUAGAAAAUCAGAUUUUUGAGAUUGACAGCGAUCAUUCUUUUCUGAAUGAACUAGAAAGUUAUUUUUGUAGUUAUCGCAAUUCUAGUUAUAUGAAUAAUGGAUCUGGCUCUCCUAAUGAAGAUUCCUUAUACAAUCGUUACAUGUAUGAUACUCAAUCUAGUUGGAAUAAUCACAUUACUAGUUGCAUUGACAGUUAUCUUCAGUCUCAAAUCUGUAUUGAUACGUCCAUUGUAAGUGAUAGUAGUGACGGUUACAUUUCUAGGUGCAUUUUUGAUAAACGUAAAACUAAUAGUGAAGGCGGGGGGUCCAGUAUACCAACCCGCGCUAAGAACAGUGAUUUAACUCUAAGAGAAAGGUCUAGUGAUCUUGAUGCAACUCAAAAAUACAGGCAUUUGUGGGUUCAAUGCGAAAAUUGUUAUGGAUUAAAUUAUAAGAAAUUUUUGCAAUCAAAAAUGAAUAUUUGUGAACAGUGUGGAUACCAUUUGAAAAUAAGUAGUUCAGAAAGAAUCGAAGUUUCGAUCGAUCCCGGUACUUGGGACCCUAUGGAUGAAGACAUGGUCUCUCUGGAUCCCAUUGGAUUUCAUUCGGAGGAGGAGCCUUAUAAAGAUCGGAUUGAUUCUUAUCAAAGAAAGACAGGAUUAACUGAGGCUGUUCAAACAGGCAUAGGUCAACUAAAUGGUAUUCCUGUAGCAAUUGGGGUUAUGGAUUUUCAGUUUAUGGGGGGUAGUAUGGGAUCCGUAGUCGGGGAGAAAAUCACCCGCUUGAUUGAGUACGCUACCAAUCAAUUUCUACCUCUUAUUAUAGUGUGCGCUUCGGGGGGAGCGCGCAUGCAAGAAGGGAGUUUGAGCCUAAUGCAAAUGGCUAAAAUAUCGUCUGCUUUAUAUGAUUAUCAAUCAAAUAAAAAGUUAUUGUAUGUAUCAAUCCUUACAUCUCCUACUACUGGUGGGGUAACAGCCAGUUUUGGUAUGUUGGGAGAUAUUAUUAUUGCCGAACCAAACUCCUACAUUGCAUUUGCGGGUAAAAGAGUAAUUGAACAAACAUUGAAUAAAACAGUACCCGAAGGUUCACAAGCGGCUGAAUAUUUAUUCCAGAAGGGCUUAUUCGACCUAAUCGUACCGCGUAAUCUUUUGAAAAGUGUUCUGAGUGAGUUAUUUAAGCUCCACGCCUUCUUUCCUUUGAAUUCCAAUUCAAUCAAGUAG